AUGGCCGACGGCAGCAAUGCCCCCGAUCGUGGCUCGGCCUUUCCCACCUUCCUCGAGCGAGAUCCGUACCCGAGCAACAGCGAUGGCAGGCGAAAGAGCGCAGAUUCCAAUACAACGUCGGAGUUUGAGGCGAGAAGCAAUGGGAACAGCACCGUUCCAUCAACCACAGGGCCUGCUGGCGAACCGGGACUGCCUCCCUCGCGAACGACCAACAAUGCGGCAAACGACCGGAACGUCCACUCGCGAUCGAGCGUACGACCGUCGACGGGCCCUCCACCCUCAUCGCGACGCGGGUUGGGCACAUACAGCAGAGACGGAAGCCGACCCGGCUCAGCAAUCGGGCAGACACACGUCCCCAGCCUCACGAAUCCUGGCUUCUUCCGGCCUAUGAGUCCGCAGAUGCUCCAGGCGCAGAGAGGCCAGGCUAUCAGCCCACCAUCAAGCAGAGGAGUCACCCCGCAAACACUUCAGCAUCAGGCGCAAACGCGAGUGGUGGAAGAACCGGAUGACAAUGAGGCGCGCAGAUACAGCAUGGCUUCGGUAGACACGGAGAGAGAUGCGAAGAUAUCCAUGCCAAGAGAUGGCGAGAUUCCGCCUCUACCGGCGAGCAGAGGCUUCUCGAUCACAUCGGAUUCGGCGGACGGGUAUGGGCUGCCAAGCACGGUUGGCCCUGGUAGUGUCAUGAGCAAGAAUAGUGCUGCACCUCUCAAUACCAGGCAAAUACGAGAUCAGCAUGCAGAUGCGACGAGUGGUGCUCCUCCGACCCCCAUGUCACCAAGGUCUCUGCGGGCUUCACUUGGGUUGGGGUCAAAACAUGGGUCGAAGCAUGGCUCCAAACACUCAAGUCUCCGGAACAUUCACGACCGAAAGCCGUCCAAAUCGCACGAGAAGUUACACUCCAAUCCGCAAUCGCCUGUUCUGCCACUCGAUGAGAAGGUGCCGCCCCUUCCCAUACCACCCCGCAGUGGAGAAGUCGAGGGCAAAAACUAUGAGUACUACGCAGGCAACAUGCUCUUCUUCCUCUCUGGACGACUCGUCAAUACCAAGGCGAAGCCGCUCAACGUGGUGACGUUCAUCUUGACAGUGCUCCCUGCUGCGCUGUUCUUUGGCUUCAGCGCCCCUUGGCUGUGGCACAAUGUAUCGCCGGCUUUACCCAUCAUCUUCGCAUACAUCUUCUACCUCUCGAUUUCCGCCUUUCUGCAUGCUGCGUUCAGCGACCCCGGCAUCCUGCCGCGCAAUCUCCAUCCUCAUCCUCCGAAUCCCGACGAAGAUCGCGAUCCACUGACUGUUGGUCCCGCCACUACCGAGUGGGUGAUGGUGAAGACUUUCUCGUCAGGUCGCAAGCGAUCGCCGCAGUCGAAUGCGGAAAAUGGACAGGGUCAAGGCACGAUGACCGCGAUGGAGGUGCCGACAAAGUACUGCAAGUCUUGCAACAUCUGGCGGCCGCCUCGAGCGCAUCAUUGUCGAAUCUGCGACGGUUGCAUCGAAACACAGGACCACCAUUGCGUGUGGUUGAACAAUUGUGUCGGCCGGAGGAAUUACCGGUACUUCUUUGCAUAUGUCGGGUUCGCGACCGUCAUGGCUUUUAUGCUGCUGAGCUGCAGUCUCGUGCACGUCGGCUAUUACGGUCGUCAGAAUGGCCUGACUUUUGGCCAAAGCUUGUCGGGACGAGCCCAAGAGCGCGUUGCGUUUGCCAUGUUCAUCUAUUCCGUCUUUGCGCUGCCGUAUCCUGGAUGCCUAUUUGGCUACCAUCUGUUCCUGGUCGGACGAGGCGAAACUACGCGAGAAUACCUCAACAGCCACAAAUUUCUUCCCAAGGAUCGACACCGACCUUUCUCACAGCAAAGCCUGUUGAAGAAUUGGCUCGCUGUCCUCGGCCGUCCCAGAGGUCCAAGCUACAUGGUCUUCAGUCGAAAGUACGUGGAAGGCGACCUUCGGAUGGGCCACACGAGGAGGAGGGAGGAUAGAAUCCAGGAUGCGAGAUUGGAAGCUGCGAGGAGAGGUGAGAGGGUUGAGGGUCUUAAGAAGCGGUUCUCGGUUCCCAGGGCAGAGAAGAAGAGAGAUAAUGAUGUCGCUGCAGCAAAGGCUGGGGAACAUAAUGGAGGGCUGGAGAUGAAGCAACUGCCUCCUCUUCCCCAGGACGUAAAUGGAAGGGCAGAUGAUUUGACUGGUGUUUCUUUGGGAAAUGGAAAUGCAGCGAGAUGA